GUUAAAAUUGCCUUCUAGUGAAGAUGAAUGGUCAAUCAUAAUAAAGGAUUUUUUGAUAUGUGGCAGUUUCCAAAUUGUUUCUGUGCGAUGGAUGGGAAGCAUAUUAUGAUGCAAGCGCAACCCCAUAGCGGUUCAGAUUUUUACAAUUACAAACAAUAUCAUAGUAUCAAAUUGCUAGCAAUGUGUGACGCGAAGUACAAUUUUACUUAUGUGGACGUGGGUGGCAAAGGAAGGCAGAGUGAUGGAGGUGUUUUUAAGAAUACUGCUUUGUACGAAAAGCUCGCUAAUGAUACAAUGAACCUACCCCCAACAACUUCUCUUCAUGCAGGUGGACCUAAAGUUCCACAAGUGUUUCUCGGUGAUGCAGCUUUUAGCAAUGCAAUGCAUUAUUUGUGUCCAUUUAAAGGAGCAGGGACAGGAAAGCUUGAAAAAGAUAAAAAUGUAUUUAUAUUUACAGGCUGAGUAGAGCGAGAAGAGCAAUAGAAAAUACGUUCGCAAUAUUAGUAGCAAGGUGGCGAAUAUUUAGGGGAAUGA